GUGCACACGUGUCGCCCGGCCGGCCUAAAAGGAGCGGACAUGUCCGUGAAAAAGGGAGGCCGCUGCUUUACGAGUCCGGCGGGACCGUCGAAACAUCCGCGGGAUACACGGCUCUCUUCUUCCGUGAUGGAUUUUGUGCGUGCGAGGGAGGUUUUACGCGCGUAGCGGCGCAAAUCUGCAACGACGGAUCGUCUCGUUCGCGCACGAUCAUCUGUCGUUGGAAACAGCUUCGGCUUGAAUCAAAUGACACAAAUAGGAUUUCGUUGAAUUACCAACGUUACUUCAAGUUUAGAUCGGAUGAUAGAUGACGUAUUACUAAGCGGAUCAUCAUUUCAUAUUCGAAGUAUCACGCUUUCUUUCUCUCUCUCUCUCUCUCUUUUUCCCUCUCCGAUUCACGUGGACUCGAUCGUUCGAUAAUAUUCACGUCGCUAACGCGAGCGCUCUUUUUUUAACGAACGCAGCGAUCUCGUCCCGUAAACAUUCGAUAAUUGUUUCCCGAUAAUCACGGUUGCUGUGAUCGUUGAAUACCAGCCGCGUGAAGGCCGCCACGUCGAUCCGUCGACGUCGAACUGCAGCGGCCAGCACGACGCGCCUCUAUUAAUUUGCAUCGCGCGGCUGAUGAGUGGAAGACCGUUUCCACCCUGUAAUUUACAAUCCUCUCUCGACUGUGAAUAAAUUUACACGCGGGAGAACGGAAGUCGGCCAGGUUAUUAAAAAGCGAGCGCCCGCCAGCAAUACCGCCCCCCUCCCCCUCUCGUGUCGCUUUUCACCGCCGCUAUUAUUCAAUGAGAAAAACGAAAGAAACGAGGAGCAGGAGAAACGAGGGACCGAAUGAAAACUCCAUUGUCGGAAAACGCGUCCCCAUUUCUGCUGAAGUUCUCCUUCGGAAAGAAAGAGAGAGAGAGAGAAAGAAAGAAAGACGACCUUGAGGAAGGAGCGGCGGAUUCCGUCGUGCUUUUUAAAUAGCCCCUCCGUCCUUUUCUCGUCCCGCGAAGUGUGCGCGCCGCCUCUAUUAAUGACCGCUAAACUUUCCGAAUGUUUGUUCCGUGGCUCAACGACAGCGGCACCGCCUGCGAAGUUUGCCGACAAUUUCGCCCACGCCGAAUACCGGGAGCGCCGGUCUCAAUCGGCCCGCUCCUAAUUGCUCUCCCGUGUCGGCCCGCCGUCUCUCCCCCUCGCUGAAACGAAAAUUCUCGCGGCGGUAUGUUAAUAGUCUAAUUACCGUCGGGAUAAUUCAGCGCGAUUUUCGACGACGAUCGCAGUGUCCGAGGUUUUACGGUGGAGAUCGGCGACCUCGGGAGUGAGAUCGGACGCACGCGAUGACUCCUCGAUGAAGUAACCCCCGGCCUCGUGCAAGAUUACCCCUAUUAGUCACUUUACUCACUGCCAGCUCGCGUAUUAAUGAACGAGAAGGAUAUUACUGUCACCGCCAGCGAGAAAGAGAGAGAGAGAGAGAGACCCCUCGUCGGAGUUUCCGAUCGUCGCUAUUUGCUUUUCCAACGUGAAACUUCGAUCUUAUAUACCGUGAGUGCGCAAAGAGGACACGCCGGGUUCCUCGGGGAUACCGUUUAAUUGAACGCAAAUAAAAGAACGGGAUUCUGCGUUCACCCGAGACCCCGAUCGCCGUCCACCACUCGGGGACGCAAUUCGAGAAUAGUCGAGUGAACUUCGUGCGAAAACUCGCACACGAUGACAAGCGCAUGAUCGGGCCGCGACGGGAUUGACUCUCUUCGUUCGAGCGAGGCCGAGGAAGCAUCCACGACGACUAGCACGGUGCCGAAAAUAUUUCGAGGACGGGAACGCGAGCUAAAAGCGCCGCGUCCAGCGGAACCGGCCGGCGCGACGAUACCGCGGGAACUCGCGCUAAUCUGCUUAUCUCAGGCUAUAACUCGCUUAUCUAUCAGAACCCCGUCGUCGCUUAAGCUCUCGGCCGCCGGGGAUCGUACAGUGUCUGCAUAAGCGAGCGUAAAGGGCGAGCUCUCCGGCGCGAGACGCGCGACGUUCGGUGACUUCGCUCAACUCGCAAACUCGGAACUUCCGGGUAUGAGCCCGCCGACUGCCAUUAUCGUAUCGGCCGCUGCUCUUCGCCGCUCCCUCGCCCCGAACUCGCCGUGCCCGUCCACGAGGAUACCAUCCACGUCAGCGCUUUGACGCAUGAUCGACUCCCGACGACGAGGACGAAGUCGUGGGAACGAGGCGGUUGAGCAGGACGGUGGUGUGAAACGCGCGUGAGGCCGUUGAGAGAGAGAGAGAGAGAGGGAAAGGCCGACGACGCACCUGUCAAGAUGCACCAUGGCUAACUACACGACGCAGACGUCGGUGCUCGCCGACGAGCCGGAGAACUCGUCGUCGCGCAGCUCCAACUACCUGGAGGAUGUGACGUCGAACCUCGUGGUGCAGAUAGUGUUUUGCCUGUUCUACGCCAAUAUCUUCGUGCUGGGGAUCUUCGGUAACGUGCUGGUGUGCUUCGUGGUGGCGCGUAAUCGCCAAAUGCACACCGUCACCAAUUUCUUCAUCACGAAUCUCGCGCUGAGCGACGUGCUGCUGUGCGUGCUGGCCGUGCCUUUCACACCGCUUUACACCUUCCUAGGCCGCUGGGUGUUCGGCAACACCCUCUGCCACCUGGUGCCCUACGCCCAAGGCGUCAGCGUGUACAUCAGCACGCUCACGCUAACCAGCAUAGCGGUCGACCGCUUCUUAGUCAUCAUCUACCCGUUCCACCCGCGCAUGAAGAUCGAGAUGUGCGCGGCGAUCAUCCUGGGUAUCUGGGUGGCCGCGUUGCUGGUCACCCUGCCGUACGGUAUGUACAUGCAGCUCGAAGAGCCGCACACCUAUUGCGAGGAGCACUGGCCGAGCGAGCCGUUCCGCAAGGUCUUCAGCUCGGUCACCUCGAUACUGCAGUUCGUCGUGCCGUUCUUCGUAAUCGCCUUCUGCUACGUGUGCGUGUCGAUCAAGCUGAACGACCGGGCGCGCACCAAGCCCGGCAGCAAGAGCAGCAAGCGCGAGGAGGCGGACCGCGAGCGGAAACGCCGCACCAACCGGAUGCUGAUCGCGAUGGUCGCGAUAUUCGGCAUCUCGUGGCUGCCGCUCAACAUCAUCAACGUCGUCGAGGACUUCUACUCGCCCGCCAACGACUGGUCUUAUUACCGGCUCUGCUUCUUCAUGACGCACUGCCUCGCCAUGAGCAGCACCUGCUACAAUCCGUUCCUCUACGCGUGGCUCAACGACAACUUCCGCAAGGAAUUCAAGCAGAUUCUGCCGUGCUUCUCGAGAGAUCCCGACGGCAGCACCCCGAGGAACAGAGAGGGCUGCAGGAGCGAGCGGAUGUGUAACGGUAAUAAUACCAUGCAAGAGACCCUGCUGCCCAGCAACACGACGAAAGCCCAAAAUCCCGAGGGAUGCGAGAUGAUCAUACUGGAGGCAACGGCGAACGUUCCGAAAGAACAGGAUCAACCCUCGGGCUCCUCCAAGGAUUUCGACGACGCGGCGCUGUGAGAGAAAGAGAGGAAGGUACGUGUCCGAGACGCAGAGGCUGCAACCGUUCGAGCUCCGGGGAAGCGCCUGUGUUCGCUUCCUUCAUCGCGCCGGAUAAGCUAUCGAUUGGACAAAUUGAAUAGCGCGAGGUCCCGAGAUCUGAUCGCGGAAACGAAACGUGCUUAUCGCGAUUCUUAUAUAUACUUAAUACAAAUACUUUGCACAUACAUGUAAACUGUGAUGUAAUUAAGAAUAGUGUGUCGCGAGUACAUCUAUAAGAGCAUGCACGUAUCAACUUGUGAGCGAUAGGCUCGAGAGCUACAAAAAAAAAAGAAAAACGCUAUCAAGAGUAUGGAUAUUACCGUAACGUUAUAAAUGUGUCUCGAUCAAUGGCUUGUCGACGAUGUACUUACUUCUGAAGUCAUAAUAAUAAACGACGUAUCUCUGUAGCA